GAGAAGGAGGACGAGGAUUUGUGCUCGGCAUAACCCGAGGUGGUUAUCGGUGGUUGUUGGAGGUAGUUGGCGAUGGUUGGAGGUGGUCGGAGGUGGACGAGGAGGAGGACGAGGAAGAGGAGGAGAUCAAGGUGGACAAGGAAGACAAGGAUUUGUGCUCGGAAAGUCCGUCAAUGGAACGGUCUGCUGACUCCAAAGGAUCUCUACUGGAUGUGGAUGAAACUUUGGAAAGAAGUAAGGGGGUUCUAGGAUCACCAUUCUACGAAGAAAAACUGCGUCAGCUGUCAACUGGCCAAUUAACAGAGCUUCUCGGUGAAAUGGAAUCCUUGGUCGGAGCGCUCAGCGAAACUUUAAUAUUCUGUGCCCCACCUAGUGAUCCACUAGUACAUAUCCUCCGACGUGACAUCGCUGUGCUACGUAUAAAGAAGAAAAGAUUUAUGAAGAUGCAAAUUGCUCCUCUCUUCUUGCCAUUGUGCUUUCAGCCAUUGUUGUGCUGUAUGUUGAAAAUAUAGGACAGUUUAUAAUAUAGAAUAACAGGUACAGCUACGAAUACAGCACUACAAUAAAUCUUAUAGAAAUGAGCUCUCAUUGAGAUUUCUCUGUAUUUAUAACUCGACGCGAGAAGGCAAAAA